AGGAUGGAAUUUCAAAAUUCAAAAUUCAAAAUUGUCUCACCAAAAUUUUUGCGUUUAAAUAAUUUAACAAAGUAAUUUAAAAAGAUUUAUAUGAAUUAUAAAAUAGGAUAAAUUUUAAGGAAAAAAUAAAAAGGAAAAAGAAGAAGAAAAAAAAAAAAACACAAUGAAAAAGAGAAGUGAAGUAGAAUGAUUAUGGUCCACUAUGGAAAAGGAGAUCAUCGGAUGCUCGUAAAACGGUCGCCACUCUGCUCCUCCAUAUCUCACACAUAAUUUCACUUUCAAAAUUUUUAAAUUUAUCAAUAUUCCACUUCCACACUUCUUCUCCCCCGCCCUUCACCCUCCAUCGCCUUCCUCCAUGAAUACCACAUCCUUCUACUACACCACCGCCACCACCUCUUUCUCCCACUCUUUUCACAAUGACCAUUCUACCCCUCCCAACUCCACAUCAAUUCUCAUCCAACCUUCUCCUCUCCUCCAAUCCUCCUCCCCCGCCGCCUCCAAGAUCCAAGCCGCCUACCGAUCUCACCGGAUCCGCAAUCUCUUCAAAACGAUCGCAGCCGUCGACAGAGAAGCUGAUCAGAUCCAGACUCUAAUCCAGCGCCAGGAGACGGUCGACGCCGUUAGGAGCAACGAACUCGAGAAGCUGAGGAUGAACGAGGCCUUGAUGAGUCUUCUUCUGAGGCUGGACUCGGUGCCAGGGAUUGAUCCGGCGGUGAGGGAAGCGAGGAGGAAGGUGAGCCGUCGGAUCGUCGGCCUGCAGGAGAUCUUGGAUGCGGUGUCGGAGGCGAAGGUGGACUUCAACGGAUGGGAUUGCAACGGACUUGUGAGGAAUUGGGACGAGACGGUGGCGGAAAUGGAGGCGGAGGUUUGCCGGGAGAGAGGCGGCGAUGAAAUGGAGAGGUUCUGCGCUCAGUACUUAGGGUUCCGUUGCUUCCAGAGGUUUCUCAGUGGGUUCUGAUCUGCUGUGGUGUUGCGUAUAGUUUGUUUUGAACGUGUUUCAUUAGAUUUAGACACGUGCUUUAUUUGUAUUAUUAUUAUAUAUUUUGGUCAGUUAAGGAUUUAUAAAAUGAUGUAUCAUAAAAUUACAAAGGAGAGGAAGGAAAUUAAAUUAGUAAGAUAUAAUCUAGUCGAACAAUUGUAUUGAA